AUGGCUAUGCAAAGCACCAGCAUCAACCUUGAACAAUUGCUCUUCCCGAACUCGGAUUUUCCCAGCCCUUACAUAAGUCCUGGUGGGUACUUAAACUUUCAUGGGAAGGGAUUGGCAGUUGUUCCGGAGUUGGAAGAUGUUCAACGUCCAUCCUCACGCCUCUCUCCCGCGACUACCAUUGCCGAGAAUGACAACAUAUCCUCCGCUACAAGACUUAAACCACCUCCUGUCUCACAUCAACGGCGCACUGGACGACGUUCUCUCGGUGCCACCACAGGUCGCCCGCGUGCCUCGUCACCAGCAACCGUGGCUAGCAAAGAUGACCAUCUCCAGUGCCCCCUCUGCUCUGAAGUUGGGGCAUACACGGCCUGUCGCCGGAAGAAUGAUCUUAAACGCCAUAUGCGAAAUUAUCAUAACACCAAUGCACAGUGGGCCUGCCCGAAGCGUGGCUGCGGCAAGACAUAUGACUGUCUUCCGGGGAUGAAAGCGCACCUAAAGGAGCCCAGUCACGGCAACCUCCACCGAUCUUCGGAAUGCACCACGACCAUACUCUGCCCCCGAGUUGUCUUUGCCUGUGGCUUUACCAACUGCAAGCAUGUCUUCGAAACACCUGACGCCGCCGACCCUGCCGAGACAGCUACUGAUUACUUUCAUCACGUCGCCAACCACGUCGAGGCCAAUCGCCACAACCAGGCCUGGUCCCACUCAACCUGCUUCCGAAAUCUCAUGCGGCAAGCGGGUAUCUAUGAUGGCUGGAAGAAUCGACACCCCAAGGGCAAAGACUUGAAGUGGCAGCCGCACACAUCAAUCGUGUUGAGGAAGAUGCUGGAGACCAGGCAUGUGCCCGAUAGUGAGCUGUUGGUGCUCUGGGCUGUCAGGUUGGGUUCUAAGCCGUACUCUGAAUCCCCUUCGCCGGCACCGAGGGGUCUCCCUGAGGCUCUCUGUCUUCCUGUAUCCGAGCUGUGUGGAUGCAGUGCCAAGUCGGUACUUCCGUCGCCAUCCCACCCCAAUCCUUCUCCCGGUUCGCCUGAGGUUCCUGAGAACUUGGCCGACAGGUCUGCAGAGCUUGAUUCAGCUGCUUAUUCUGGCACUUCUGCUUUCAGCCAGAAUGUAAACGAUCAAGGCUAUACCCAGGGUUCUACACUUGGUGUCAGCAGGCCGUUUGAUAACUCCCCUCAACUGGAAGAUGGAUACCCAUUGCUCACGGUAAACCAGCAGCCAGCUAUCGAAUGGUCCGGUUAUCACUACAACAGAAACAACCAGGACAUGUCAGACACCAGGAUUGAUCCCGCGCUUCUCAACGUGAGAGGCCAGUCAUGGUGGAUGGACUAUGGGAUGGAGGGCGUCGAUGCUGCCCGUGAGGUGGACGACCUGUCGAGCUGGUAG